CAUUCACUUUGAUCAAGACCUUUCUCUUUCUCAGUAAACAUCACAAACGUCUAAAAGUAUGGACAUUAAGAAGAAACUACCAACACAUUAAAAAAUUGCAAACAUGACUUUCAAAAUUUAAUAUGUUAAAUCCUGCCUCCACAUCUUCCUCUUGACUUGGUCUGCUCCAAUAAAACAUAGCCCCAUGGCCCUCAUCAGACAAAGAAUCUCUCUCAUCACAUAAGGUCUUAGUGUUAUAUAUAAAUAAGCAUUGCACCAUUAGUGAUAUCACCAACAACCUUUUCACUUACAAAGCUUUUAAAGCAACCAAAACUUCUGUAAGCGUCUUUAGAGACAGUGAGAGCUAUGUCAAGAGAGAUUGAGCUUCCAGGUUUCAGAUUCCACCCGACCGAGGAGGAGCUUACUGAUUACUACCUCAAGAACAUGGUUAACGGGAAAUUCUCCAAAGUCGAAGUCAUUGGUUUCCUCAACAUCUAUCGCCAUGAUCCAUGGGACUUGCCACGUUUAUCGAAAAUUGGUGAGAGAGAAUGGUAUUUCUUUGUUCCAAGGGAAAGGAAGCAUGGGAACGGAGGGAGACCAAGCAGGACAACUGAGAAAGGAUAUUGGAAAGCAACUGGUUCCGACCGUAAGAUCAUAAGCUUGUCUGAGCCAAAACGUGUGAUUGGGCUCAAGAAGACCCUUGUGUUCUACAGAGGUAGAGCACCAGGUGGAAGCAAGACUGAUUGGGUCAUGAACGAGUACCGCAUGCCUGACAAUUGCACCUUACCAAAGGACGUUGUGCUGUGUAAGAUAUACAGAAAAGCCACUUCACUUAAAGUGUUGGAGCAAAGAGCAGAGAUGGAAUCUAAGAUGAAUCAAACAAGCCCAAACUCUCCUCUCUCCUCUUCCGAGACCAUUUCUUACGUUGGAAAAGAAGAAAACUUGAUGAUGACUUCGUUCCCUUUUCCUCAAGCAUCAGCCAUGCAAGAAGCAAACAACAACUUCAUGCUUCAAGGACAUGAAGAGAAACAAAGAGAAGCAGAGCCGAAGGAGUCUUCUUCAUCACUGAAGCUACCAUGUGGAGUCUUGCCAUUACCAGAGCUGCAAUUACCUAAACAAGGAUUAGAAUGGGGACAAGACCAGUUCUUGAGUAUAAGCCCAUGGCUCCAGAAUCUUACCCCAAUUGUUAACCUACUAAAUUUUUAGGAUAUGUAAAAAAAAAAAAAAAAUCUCCCAACAGAACUAACUAUUCUUCAGUGAUACCUACCCUCCUUCACCUGAGCAAAAAAAAAAAAAAAAAACCUUGUAAGAUGCUUGGCUUCAGCUUAAGAAUUAUCAAUAAAAUUUGUAUUUACUCAGCAGAUCUAUGUAUCUUUUGUAAGUUUGUAACAUAAGAAAAUCUGAUGUAAUAAAUAUUCAAACUUUGAAUCA